UAAAAAAGAAAAAAGAAAGUUGAAAAUCGAAAUGCAAUUUGAUUUUGAGUCCCUUUAUUAAUUUACAACUUCCAUAUGCAAAGUGCAAACUUCUCCGUUAGAGCACAAACGAAAGGUCAACUCAACUCCCAAACACAAAAUGUCACUGGUGCCUGCCCCACAGCCUGACGGACCGCUCUUCGCCGAGGUCAACAUGGGCGGCGACACCUUCGCCCCUACUGUCCGAGCAACUGUGGUUCAAGCGUCAACCAUUUUCUAUGACACACCUGGUACUUUAGAUAAGGCGGAGAGACUGUUGGCUGAAGCAGCGGGGUACGGGUCUCAGUUGGUGGUGUUCCCUGAAGCGUUUAUAGGGGGAUAUCCACGUGGCUCGAACUUUGGUGUUACCUUUGGGAGCCGAACUUUUAAAGGGAAAGAAGAGUUCCGGAAGUAUCAUGCUUCAGCUAUUGAUGUUCCUGGUCCUGAAGUUGACCACUUGGCAGCCAUGGCUGGAAAGUAUAAGGUGUACUUGGUAAUGGGUGUGAUAGAGAGAGACGGAUAUACUCUAUAUUGUACAGUUUUGUUUUUUGACUCUCAAGGCCAGUUCCUGGGGAAGCACCGAAAGCUCAUGCCCACAGGAUUGGAGCGUCUAAUUUGGGGAUUUGGAGAUGGAUCGACCAUUCCAGUUUUUGAGACUCCAAUUGGAAAAAUAGGUGCUGCCAUUUGUUUGGAAAAUAGAAUGCCACUUCUAAGGACAGCAAUGUAUGCAAAAGGUAUAGAAAUAUAUUGUGCACCUACUGGUGAUGACAGGGAUGUGUGGCAAGCCUCAAUGACGCAUAUCGCUCUUGAAGGUGGAUGUUUUGUUUUGUCAGCCAACCAGUACUGUCGGAGGAAAGACUACCCACCUCCUCCAGAAUAUGUGUUUUCUGGGACAGAAGAGGAACUCAAUCCAGAUUCUGUUGUCUGUGCUGGAGGGAGUGUCAUUAUAUCACCAUCUGGAGCUAUUCUGGCAGGACCAAAUUUCAAUGGGGAGGCACUUAUAUCAGCAGAUCUAGAUCUUGGAGAAAUAGCACGGGAGAAAUUUUGUUUUGAUGUGGUUGGACAUUUUUCAAGACCAGAAGUGCUUAGCUUGAUUGUGAGAGACCAUCCAGCAAAGCCGGUUACUUUUACAUCAGCUUCUGAAAAAACUGAAGAUGCUCACAAAUAGUCGUGUUCUUGUGUGGUCUCUCACUAAUAACCGGAUGAAUAAAAGUUCUAAAGCCAUCAGAUAACUGUUGUAUUUUCCUGUAUCGGAUUUGAUUUAUCUUUAGACUGAUGUAUAAAACUACUUUGUGAUCUUGUGUAUCGCCUAUGAUGUUUAAAAUCAGUAAUGAUACAACCCUGCAUCUGUGAAUCUCACUCACAUGAUUUUGCUUCCUGGAUAGGGGCUUCACCAUUGCAGUUUAUUUUCUACUAGUGUUAAUACUUUGACUUAAUAUUUUGGGUUUAGGAUUAGAUCUAGGAAUAAGAAUGAAGUGAUGUUUGAGUGAAGAUUCUAAAUUCGAGUCACACUACUCUCUUGUGCUAAAAGAAAAGUUAAGGGUGUAAGUUAACUAUAACAUGAGAUGAACAAUUUGUGAAUAGAUUUGGUUUU